CGUCAAAGCAUCAGCACGCUCUCGAGCACGCAGAUAUCGUCCUACUUGCCGUAUACUUACUUCGCGGCUGUAGGAUACUGUCCUGCCUCGUCGACGGCAACUUGGUCAUGUGGAACACUUUGCGAACAGAAUGCGGAUUUUGAGCCCACAGCAUCCGGAGGGGAUGGCGAUUCUGUCCAGUUCUGGUAUGUCGGAUGGUCUCCCUCGCUCAGCACGGUCAUCGUCGCCCAUCAGGGAACAAACACGUCCUUCAUUCUUGCCUUGCUUGAGGACGCAGACAUCGCCAAGGAGAAUCUCGACAGUACACUGUUCCCCGGGAUAAGCUCCGACAUCGAAGUUCAUUCAGGCUUUGCGAAUGAUCAAGCAUCGUCUGCAAAUGAAAUUCUUGCUGCUGUGCAGACGACGAUGACCGCGCACGAUUCGUCCUCCAUCACUACCGUCGGUCAUUCUCUGGGCGCCGCUCUGGCACUGCUUGACGCCGUCAUGUUCACCACAAAGUUCCCUUCCGCGACUGUCACCUCCAUCGGGUAUGGUCAGCCUCGGGUCGGCAACCAAGCAUUUGCCGACUAUGUCGACGCGCACGUCACGGAGACGCACAUCAACAAUCAAGAGGAUUACAUCCCCAUUCUUCCGGGAAUAUUCUUGGGUUUCAUUCAUCCGUCCGGGGAAAUCCAUAUCGAGGACGAUAAUUCAUGGGAUUCUUGUCCUGGCCAGGAUAACGAAUCAGACCUGUGUACGACUGGAGACGUCCCGACCAUCUUCCAGGGAGAUGAGGACGACCAUGAUGGGCCGUAUGACGGCGUGCAACUCGGGAGC